UGUUUAUUCAUCAAGGUGCUACACUGGUAUACCAUUAAACGACUGGUAUGGCUUUUAAAUGACAGUUUUUAUUUAAUUAGUUUGCGGUUUCUUGCUUUAGCAGGUAUCAGAGUGGUUAGAAACUAACAGGAAGUUGUUUAGUAAUUGUGGAUUAUCUUCUAACAGUACGGUUCGGGUGGCUUGAAAUGGAGGAUGUGACACGCAAUAGACUGGCUGAUUUGUUGCAGGAGUGGAAGCAUAUGUGACCUUGGUACUGUAUCUCCACUGAUACGAUUGGAUCCUCCCUGGUGAUGGAGGAGUUAUGGCGGCUGGCGCGCCCGCUGCGGUGGCAACCGCGACUGCUGCAGUGGACGAUCUGAAUAUCGCGGCCAACAUGGAGGUCUUCUUGAAGAAAGACGAUGGUUCUUAUCUUGGGCUCAGGCCAAAUCGCCUCCACGCAGUCGUUUCCUGGUCUGUUUGAAGACAGAGGAUCCCAGGAGGCGGUUAGGAAGUGCAUCACUGAUCCUAUGGUGCGAGUGAUUUUGGUUCAGAAUGUCCAGAAAAAAGAAGAAGAACCGGAAAAUGACGCCAGUGACGCUGGUGGUGAAGUGUCUUAUACGAUCUCCACCGAAAUCGCUUACAAGGCGCAGAAUGUUGGCAGCGUGGCAAUAUUGAAACGAGGAGCAGUUAUCGACGUCAACAAAGACAUUCCGUCCCAGCUCAUCGUUUUGACUCGAAAGAUGAUCACCGCACAAAGUGUUUCAUGCAAUUAUUGCCGGCAUUAUGGCACCAUUUUUUAAAUCUAUUAUCCGCAGCGAAAGUGGCAGUGGAAAAGAGAAUGAUAAAAUUGUUAAUACUGCGGAGAAAAAAUUGGCUAAGCUGGAAACCGCGGAAGAAGGUCGCAAAGCGACAGUCCAGGAUUUUGAUCAGUGGAUAAACGAUCCGAACGUUCUGAAUCAGCUGCAGAAUGGGGUCAAUCGAUGGAUUAGGGAAAUUCAAAAGGUACAUACCGUAUGUCUGUGUUUGAAAUUUUGCGAAUGGUGUCCCGUUUCGUUUAUGGGCGGCAUGGUGUUUCGGUUACCUUUUGCUUCGAGUUUGUAAUAAGUUACUAAUAAAAAAAAAUGUUGAUUUUAUUACAUUUUAUAGUUUGAAAUUGCAGAAGUUGUUGAACUCUUUAAAAUUGAAUAACUUGUUAUAUUCGGUAUUGGAGCAGUGGUAAAUGACUACUCGUACUGGAUGAAGCAGUGCACUGUCGCUUUUUCGUAAUAAGAUUUGGUUCCUGGAGCUUUGUUAACAUUGCUUUACUUUUAGAUGUGGCUUGUCUGCAGGUGACUAAGCUUGAUCGAGACCCAUCAACUGGACGAAUUAAAUGGUUUCUUCCGGUUUUUACAGAUUUGAUACACCAUUUUCAGUAAUUUUCAAAUUUUAUUGUAGUGCUGGCGACUGCAGCGGUCCGUAUAAGGAAGCGGUAGCAGAAUUGAUGAGAGACAUUUUUAACUGUAAAGUCGACAACCACUAAAUUAGACGUGCAUGAUUAAUCAGGUGGCCUGCUAUUAAGCAUUUUCUGUGGAAUAAGGAAGGAAUUUUGUUUUUGCCGAAGUUGAUUUUUUCAGUUUCUUAAUUUAGCUAUGAUCUCGGCAUUGGUUACGUUUCAGACUAGAAUGUUAAAACGAUGCUACGUCCAAACUGCCAUUUUUUGGACUGAUUAAUGUAUGUACAUACAGGGUACUACCAUUUGGCAUGGUUGCUAAACUUUGUUCUUUUUGUACGAAAUA